ACUCUGUUGUUCUGUGGCUAUGAGCGGGAUCUCUCUCCCUCAGCGCCACAUUCUUACAGAAUGAUCUCUCUCUUCUGAUCCCUCUCCUCUUUAAGCUUGUUAGAUCCCGGUCUGUUUCCCAGGCACACCGUGAGAUUAGGUGUGUGUGUGCCCGUGUGUGUGUGCGGGCGUGCCCGUUUGAGUAUGUAGCCUAUGUGAACAUGCUGUGUGGGAGGAGUCUGUACUUGGCUGUUCCCUGACCUUGGAUGAGAAAAGUGUCUGGGUGUGAGAGAGCGAGAAAGACAGACUUGGAGAGUUGGGCAUCAACAUAAUGCACAUCAAACUAUAAGGAAGGGAGGGGGACAGACCGAGGCAAUGGGGGCUGCAGUAUAGGCUACUGCAGUGCAGAUUUGUGGGGUGUUGUAUCUGUGGCUGAAGAGAGAUUUGCAUUAGGAUUCUGAGGGACACCUGGCAACCCGUGGCUGAGCUGAGGAGUGACGAUGUCUGUACAGGCCAAACGACAACACGGCAUACAGCAGCCAAUGAAAGAGCCCGGAACAGGAAGCUGAGAUGGAGUUCUCAGGGUGCCCAGCUGCUGCCGGUGUUGCCGACCAGGCCCAGGAGGCGGAGAAGGAGGGCCACGCCCAGGUUCUAUUUGAUGAGUUUGUCCAGGCGUCCACCUGCAGAACGACACUCCGUGCCUUCAACCUGCUGUGUGAGCACCUUCAGCUCACACACACACACACACAGCCACAAAAAUACUCCCCGACGCAGCCGCAGCGGCCUUUCUACCACACCCUCAAAGAACGCCUCAGCUACUGGAAGGCCAACGCACUGUGGGCCAAACUGGACAAACGGGCAGCCCACCACGAGUACGGGAAGGGUCGUGUCUGUGCCAACACCACGUGUGUGAUCAUUGGGGCGGGGCCGUGUGGUCUGCGUACAGCAGUAGAGCUGGGGUUCCUGGGGGCCAGAGUGGUGCUGCUGGAGAAGAGAGAUGCCUUCUCCAGGAACAACGUCCUCCACCUCUGGCCUUUCACCAUCCAUGACCUCGGGGGCCUCGGGGCCAAGAAGUUCUACGGAAAGUUCUGUGCUGGAGCCAUUGACCACAUCAGUAUACGGCAGCUACAGUUGGUGUUAUUAAAGGUAGCUCUGUUGUUGGGGGUGGAAGUCCAUGUCAACGUAGAGUUCAAGGGACUGGUGGAGCCACCUGCGGACCAGGAGCAACAGAAGGUAGGCUGGAGGGUGGAGGUGAAACCCAAGUCUCACCCUAUUAACACACUGCAGUGUGACGUGGUGAUCGGAGCUGAUGGACGACGGAACACACUGCCAGGGUUCAGGCGUAAGGAGUUCCGGGGCAAGCUGGCCAUUGCCAUCACAGCUAACUUCAUGAACCGUAACACCACGGCUGAGGCCAAGGUGGAGGAGAUCAGUGGAGUGGCCUUCAUCUUCAACCAGAGGUUCUUUCAGGAGCUACGGGAUGCCACGGGAGUGGACCUGGAGAAUAUAGUGUACUACAAGGACGACACGCACUACUUUGUGAUGACGGCUAAGAAGCAGAGUCUGCUGGAGAAAGGAGUCAUUCUGCGGGACUAUGCAGACACAGAAAUACUUCUCUCACGGGGAAACGUGGACCAGAAUGCACUGCUGGCCUAUGCCCGCGAGGCGGCGGACUUCUCCACCAAUCACCAGCUACCAUCCCUGGACUUUGCCAUGAACCACUACGGGCAGCCUGAUGUUGCGUUGUUUGACUUCACCUGUAUGUACGCGUCAGAGAACGCUGCACUGGUCAGACAGAGACAUGGACACCAUCUACUGGUCACGCUGGUGGGAGACAGCCUUCUGGAGCCAUUCUGGCCCAUGGGGACAGGUAUAGCACAGGGGUUCCUGGCAGCACUGGAUUCUGCCUGGAUGGUACGGAGCUGGGCUCAAGGCCUCGCCCCCCUGGACUUACUUGCUGAAAGAGAGAGUCUGUAUCGCCUCCUUCCUCAGACCACUCCAGAAAAUGUCAACAAAAAUUUUGGUCAAUACACCGUCGACCCAGCUACCCGUUACCCUAACAUCAAUCCUCAACUCAUCACCCCCGCACAGGUGGGCCAUCUAAUCUACACAGGAGAGAAUGGAGGUUCAGGUGUGGUCCAGGAACCGCAACCCCGAUCCCCCUUGCCGAAGCUACUACGACAGGAGUCCUUCUCUCGCUCCAGUAAGCUUUUGUCGUGGUGCCAGCAGCAGACGCAGGGUUACCGUGGCGUUGCUGUGAGCGACCUCACUACUUCCUGGAAGAGUGGCCUAGCUUUGUGCGCCCUCAUCCACCGCUACCGACCUGACCUCAUUGACUUUGCCUCUCUGGGGGAGGAUGAGGGGGAGGUGAAUAUGAGGUUGGGGUUGGAGGUGGCAGAGAAGGAGUUUGGCAUCUCUCCUGUGAUGACUGUUGAGGAGAUGGCGUCUGUCAGUGAAACGGACACUCUCUGUAUGGUCAUGUACCUCAGCCAGUUUCACCAGCUCUUCAAGGGGGCACUGCCCCCAAGUGAAUCCCAGACUGAGAGCCCAGAUGGGAGGGCUGCUGUGAUCGGUCCUGCCUCUCUCCUCAGCCGCCUGGGCCACAGCCCAUCCCGCAAGCGCAACCCCAAGGAGCAGAAGGAAAAGGAUGCAGUGGGGAAGAGAAGAAAAACCAGUCGGCCAUGUCUGGAGGACGUGAAACAAGAUCUCAGAUUAAGGUCUCAGGACAGUUAUGAGGAACAGGCUGUCCUGUGCUCUGUGGGUGGAGCAAGCCAGAGCAGAGUGCGCUCGAUGGCCAAUCAGCUGCUGGCCAAGUUUGAGGAGAAUGCCCCUUGCCCCUCCUCCACGCCAGCUGCAGCUCUACGCAGACAGAAAUACGUUCAGAUGUACACAGGGGGAGUGAGCUCAUUGGCUGAACAGAUAUCCAAUCAGCUUCAAAGUCAGGAGUCACCUUCACCCCAGCACACUCCUGAUAGGAAGGAAACGGCUGCCGUUCGCUCUGUGUUGGCAGGGCCGGGAGGGGCCAGUGACGUGUGUUUCUUCUGCAGUAAGCGCGUGUACGUGAUGGAGAGACUCAGUGUUGAAGGACUGUUCUUCCACCGGAGCUGCUUCCAGUGUGACCACUGCAGCUCCACCAUCCGCCUGGCCUCCUACGCCUACGACCGGCCUAACAGGAAGUUCUACUGUAAGCCGCACUAUGACGUCCGUCUGGUUGGGCCGGUCCAGAGGAAGAGAGCAGCCCCUCUGACCUCCGAUCAGCCCCCAACUCCGUACGAACGGACCCCCUCUCAGCGGACCCUCCUGGAGUACCCAGCUGCUCUGUCCACUAACCCUCGCUCCUCAGUGACUGUGGUGACAGCAGAUCGCAGGUCCUCAGUGGCAUCUCUGAUUGAGAGGGAGUGUGGCUUGGCUAAGCGCGUGCGCGGCACGCCAGAACGUAUAGAGCUGGAGAACUACCGUGUGAGCCUGGAGACUGAGCAGCUAACAGAUGAGCCGGAAGAGGUGCCAGAGGAGACGCUGGCCAAUUACAACCUCAGUCUGCUGGUGACAGAGGAGAAGGAGGCCAAUCACAAGCGCAGCCCGUUGCGGGACAAGAGCAACGAGGGCUCCAGUUCGGAAUCAGAGACGGAGGAAGAGGGGGAGAGGCAGCGGGCUCUAACCAAUGACCUGGCUAGAGACUCCUGGAGGAAGGCCAUGGAACUACACGCACGUCUCAGAGGAGAGAGAGGAGACGACGAAGAAGAGACAGAAGAAGGAGAGGAGGAAGGAGAGGUUGAUGAAGAUGAUGAGGAGGAGGAGGAGUUAUCUAGUGAUGGGGAGUACUCUCCGUGGGAGAGGGAGCGUCACUCAGGUCUGUGGCUCCUCCCUCUAGAAGAGGUGGAGGAGACAGAGGAAGGAUCAUCUCCCCUCACCGCUGAGGAGGUAGCCUCGUUGGACGAGUGGCAGCAGAGCACACACUCUCCAGACACACAAUCUCCAGACACACUCACGCCUGACACAAACACGCCUCGCAUACAACUGCCUGACUCGACAACACCCGACACACACCGUCCACACAGCCCCACCAGUGUACCCAAUAUCACCUUCUCCACUCCAGCCCCUGCCUCAACACCAUUUACCCCCUUAACGUCACAUGCACCCACACCAAUGUCCUCUGUCUCAAUUCCAGACUCCUCUGUCUUUGCCUACUCCUCCUCUAACUCCUCCACCACCUCGGGCUGCUCCCCCGGUCCGGAAGUGGGAGAGGAGGAUGGGGAAGAGAAAGAGAGGAAGGGGAGAAAAGAGCGAGAGGAGAGGGAGAGAGGGGGGAAGGAGAGGGAGAGGAUGCGUGACCCCAGCAGUAGUUCCGGGAUCGGUGUGGGCGGGAGCUCCACCACCUCUACCUCGGACCCUCUCACCCCUCCCUGCAUCCCUCCCCCCGCCCAGCACAGGGCAUGCUGGGAUAGCCUGCCCCACCCUGCUGUGGAGGCGGAGUCACUGCAAAGCCCCGCCCCUCGCCCUGCACCUCGAUUUGCCCCCGCACCUAUCAUGGCGUCGGCUGUUGUGCGGGGGGUCGGGGGCAAGAAACUGAAUCCGUGGGACGUGGAUGGGGGAAGGGGGCCUGCCGCGGGGGGGUCUGUUGGGGCGGGGUCUCUUGGGGAGCAGCUGUGUAAGGGUGAAGUAAUAGACCCCUUAGAGGACAUCAGCCCCCCCUUGUCCCUCCUGAAGCCCCUUAAGGCAGUGCCCAGAGACGAGAGAGAAAUCGGGAGGAAGAGGGAGAUGGAGAGGAGGAGGGAGAUAGAGAGAGCAGCCAUGGGGGUGGGCUGGGAGGACAUGAAAAUCACCCUAGGAAGGGAGCCUCUCCCAGGGAAGAGCAUUGGAGGUCUGGACCCCCGCAGACUCACAGAGAGCCUGCCUCCCCUCUUCCUCACACAACUCCAGGGGGGCUCCCUCUUCUCUUCACGUAAGUGCCGCAGGGACAACCAGCCCCCCAGCCAGAGUGUGUCUGAAGCGGGCAUAGGAGAGGGUGGACCCCUGGGCCUGUGGAGAGCUGUCAUCUCUGGCUAUAAGAGGGACAGGAAGAAGAAGGGCAGGACUUCCCUUCCCAAUACGACAACAGCCCCAGCCCCCAAAGAGCAUAGCAAGAGGAAAACCUCUGCAGAGAGAGGAGGUGUGAAGUUCAGGGAGCGCCAGAGCUGGUCAGAGCCGGAGGAGUCAGACAUCACCUGCUCUGUUGUGAUGGAGAGAUGCUCCAUGAACCCCAAGGCCAACCUUCGUCUGGAGCUGUUUGACCUAGCGUCAGACCUCCAGAAGGAAACCAUUGAGGAGGAGGAGGAAGAGGAGAAUGAGGAAGGGGAGUCUGCAUAUGUGCCUCAUGCCCUGGCCUUUAAGAGGGCGUAUGCCAUUAAGAGGCACGUGGGGAAAGAGUGGGAGCUGGACAGCUCCCCCCAAAUGGAUACACAGCGGAAGUCAUCGUGCCCUACGGAAGUGGUGGGGGUACUGGUGCACAUGAAGGACCUGAAGGACCCGUCCAGCCUGAAUGUGUCAGAGGCCAUGUUCCACAGAGACAAAGACCCAGAGGAGGAGCAGCUAGAUGCCAGGUUAACACGCAGAGUGCAGAGGGCAGCGCGCAAACAGGCCAAACAGGAGCAACUCAAGAGACUGCACAGUGCCCAGAUGAUCCAAAGGCAGUUGGAGCAGGUGGAGGAGAAGCAGAGGCAGCUGGAGGAGAGGGGUGUGGCUGUGGAGAAGGCCUUGAGAGGGGAAGCAGACUACUGGGGAGAGUCGAAUGACAGUGAAGAGCUGGACUUGCACCUGGGAGUCAUGGGUAGGCAGGAUGAUCCAGCUCUGAUGCAGCAGUGGUUCAAGCUGGUCCAGCAGAAGAACUGUCUGAUGCGCUAUGAGUCAGAACUCAUGAUAUUUGCUCGGGAGCUGGAGUUGGAGGACAGACAGAGCCGUCUUCAACAGGAGCUCAGAGAGAGGAUGGCUGUGGAUGACCACCUGAAGGGUGAGGCAGAGCUGGCUGAGGAGAAGCUAAUCCUGGGGGAGAUGUUGGAGGUGGUGGAGCAGAGAGAUGCUCUGGUGUCUCUGCUGGAGGAGCAGCGUCUGCAGGAGAGCCAGGAGGACAGAGACCUGGAGGCCAUCAUGCUGUCCCGGGGCCUGGGCCUGCACAACUGGGCAUGAGCUCUAUCCCAGGGCCUGCACAACUGGGCAUGAGCUCUAUCCUGCAAAACUGGGCCUGAACCUGAACAACUGGGCCUAAGCACAGACACGUCACUUCCCCUCUAAAGCUGCGAUCAGGGUCACGGUUGUGAGGUCACUUCCCCUCUGAUACAACGUUAUGACCAGGAUCAAGGCGGGACUGUGUAUGGAUGAUCAGUUUUUAGGAUUGAAGAUGUAUCCCCAAUCCCCACUGCUACACACAUCCUGCUAUACCCCUGACUGACUGACGGGCCUCUGAGACUGAUGGCUCUAUGCUCACUAUACUCACCCAGGCUGUUGUUAUGGCGAUAUGUGGCAUGUGUGAAUGAUUUGUAUUGUUAUUUAUUAACCAUUUAGAAAAAUGUAUAUUAUGUAAAAAGAAACGGUACUAAUUUUUUAAAACCUUUUUAAAAUGACAUGAAUGAUGUUUUACUUCACACAUUGGAUAAUAAAGACAGACAUUGUGA